CCAUUGGUUCCUCACGUUCUGUAGAUGUAGAUACCACUGGUUCUUCACAAACUGUAGAUGUUGAUGCCACUGGUUCUUCACGUUCUGCAGAUGUAAUCUUGAUUUGUUAUUACUUCAUAGUUGUGUGUGUACUCAUACCUGUCAACCCCUUAUCAGUGCCCUACCUGAACACAGACCAAUUCAGACCUCGUUGGUCACCCCGUGCCCCCUUCAUAAAUCUCAACGUGUAUCCUACAAAGUCCCAUCACAAGGCAGAAACACAAACAAACUAGACAACAAAAACAAUUGUUUUAACUUUGCCCCGAAUUGACACGGCUGUUACGCCGUACGGACCUCAACACUAAAUUUCCCCGGUAGAAGGACACGGCGUUGAAACCCGCCUUGGCUUUUGCACAGCCGCCUACAAACAAUCGCGAACAAAAUCAUCACGCGCGGUUUAUCGAUCAUCAAAUCAUUGGACCGGCUGCUCGUCGUUAAUCUCGAGGGUUUUUAUCCCUCCGAGCUGACAUCGCCGCCGCCGCAGCCGUCGUCGUCGGCGAGCCCGAGGGAGGCGGAGUGCGACCCGCGUCGUCGUUGUCGUCGUCGUCGUUGUCGAGGAGGAGGAGGCGGAGGAGGAGGCUGCUACUGCCGCUACUGCUGCUGCUGCUGGCUCCGGCUCCACGGGCGGCAUCGAGGACCACAACCACCACCACCACCACCCCCCCUCAACGUCGUGAGGAGCAGCCGACGAGCCCCCCUCGUCUCUACAUCGAUCGGUUUCCCCGCUGUGUCGUAGCACGCAUCCACCGUGCAUGGAUCUGGCGCAAGUGUCCGAGCCGCCGUCCGCUACGUUGCGGGCGGCGGGCGCAAUUCCUCGCUCCGCCGAAUCCCUCCUGCCCUGCUGCUCCUCGCCGUCCAUCCUGGCCAUCGAAGGAGACAGCCACAGCAGCCACGCAUUCAGCUCGGGCUCGGAGAGUUCCACGGCGAGCCGCGUGCUGGCGCGCAGCACCUCCACCGCCGCGGUGACACGGGCAGGGCAGGCGGCGCCGCCGGCAAGAGCUGGGCGAGAGGCGUCGCACGCUGCCAGCCGGCGAAACAAUGCGCUGCGGGAAAUUGUCUGUGUGCCGGCGGACGGGCACGUGACCUUGGCCCAUGGUAGUCGGUGUGGGCAUGGUGGCAAGGAGACGACAGUCACCACCGUUCACCCUGGGGGGGUGGAUGAAGAUGAGUUCAAAGAAAAUUUGAUGCACCUGCCUGUGAAUGGACAACUGGGGGUGGACGUUAUUGCCCCAUCAGUUCGGGGCUCGAGUGCCGGCAGCCCGCAGCGUUCUCAUGCGCUCGACGAUCAAAGAGAAGCGUGCAAAGACACGGACUGGGAUGCGGCGUCAUAUUGCACGGAUGACAGCAUCGUCGUGUCUCGCCAUGUUGCUGGUGAGAAACAAGCUGCAAGAACAAUCAUCGGGCAGAGGCGUGCGCCAGCCGGUGGGGCACGCAGGAAGGUGCGCGUCCGUCUACUGGACUCGUUUGCGUCGGCUCCGGCCGCCGUGAGCGACGCCGCCGCUCAGGGGCGGCAGCAGCACCAGGAGGCCGCCGCCAUCACGGCCGCUUCGGCGGCUGCUGCCACGGCCGCGGCCCUCGCCGCUGCUGCUCCCGUACUCAAGGCUCAGAGUGACCUGGAGGUGAAGGUGGCUGGCGUGACGGAGUUGGUGUCCGGUCUGGCACGGGAGUUGGCGCGGGCGCGAGAGCGGGACGUGGGGCCGGACCUGAUCAGGCGGCGUCCAGAGGAGGACGAGCAGCAGCAGCAGCAGCAGCGAGUGCUGCGGCUACAGGAACAGCUGCAGGAGCAGCUUGUGCAGCGAAUCUCUGGACUGGAGAGGCAGCACCAGCAGCACGUGGAGUUACAGACUCGCCUGCUCGGCCGCACCCUAGUCCCGCCUGCCGUGCCGGAGAGCGCCGCCUAUUGGCCGGUGGCCAACAGUGGCCCCCCGACUGGCCACGCGGGCCCCCUAGCGAAACGCGCGGGUGCCCCGUUGACGUCCGGGACGCCCACCGAGAACGCCGACCUCUGCUCCCGCGCGCCGCCGUCCGGACCUGUGGGGCCGACACGGCCGACACGGCCGACACGGCCGCCCGUCGGCGGCGCGAGGGCCCCACGCGACGAGGCCGGGCCGACGCUCGCCGAGGACGACGACGCCGCCGUCGCUGCCGCCGCGAGCGCUGGCGCCGCCCGCGCCGCCUCAGGCGACGCUGCCGCAGCGGUCCCUUCCAGGCCACCCGCAGGUGGUGGUGGGGGCGGCGGUGCGAGGGGUGGCAUGGGCGCUGUGCUGGACACGCCGGCACCCAGGCCAUGGGCCCCCGUACCCAUUCCCCGUGACAAGAGGAGGCCCAGGACCCAACCUGGAGGGCGCCCACAGCCUGCACCCAAAGCCGGAAAUGGGAAAUUUCUGCGAGAGGACACGUUGAGUAAACAGGAAGGGCACAGGGGGAGCACGGCACCCCCACGGAGCUCUGCGGCCGAGGUCCCCGCGGUGGCGCCCAGCUGGACGGCCAGACCCAGGUCUCCGGGAGCAGGCGGAGGGCGCGACGAGCAGGGCUGCCCAGCGGUGAAGAGGGCGGGGGAUCUACUGCAGGACCUGGGCCGCAUCAAACACGACAUGCAGGCCAUCCUGCAGGAGGCGGAGAGGUGGCAGGCCAACGUGGAGAGGGCAGCAAAGCCGCUGCCCUCGGCUCCGUGCAUCCCGGCGCAACCCCCGGUGAGGGUCGCUGGGCCGGCGCUGCGGCCCUCCCGUCCGUCUGCCACCGCCGCCCCGGCCCCGGUCGCGGCCCCCGCGCCGCUCGACGCUUGCCCGGCCCGACCGCCGCGGACGGAUGCCUCCCGAGCCGAGGCCGCCCUGCUGGAGGAGGCCGGGCGGACGCUGCAUCAGGUGCAGGACAACCGCAGGAACCUGGAGGAGAACCUGCGCUCCGUGGUGCGGGGUCGCGACGGCGCCGUCAACUACGCGCUGCUGCUCGGAGCGAUCGCCGAGGGCAGUGGAGCUGAAGAAAAGUUGAGGAUAAGAAGAACAGUGGACGAAUGGAUCUCAGUUAUGAGCAAGGAGAUUGAGGAGGAAAUUGAGACGGAGUCUAAGCGACCGGUCAAGAGCGCUGCCGAGGCCCCGUCUGUUGAGAGGGGCUCGCGACGCGGUGAGCAGCGGUCCCAGGCGAGGCCCCCAAAAGCUCAAGCCCAGGAGCAGCCCCUGCGCCGCGCCCCCGCGAAAACUGCCGGGCCGGCCAAGACUUCCGUGCCGGGUGGCCAGCUUAGGCCUAAGACGAAGAGGAGUCAGGAGUCCACGGAAGCCCUGGCGGUCCACGUGUACGGCCGCGGCCUGGAGCAGCAGCCGCGGCGGUCGACGGCCAAGCGCGCGCCGUACCUGCGCCUCGCGUCCCCGUCGCCCGUCAGGGCCCGGCGUGCCGCCCCCCGCGUCGUGGAGACUGUCAGAGGUACGAAGAUACGGUCUGCACGCACUCAGACAAGCCCACCGGGCACCGUGCCCUCCGGGCCUACCCAGUACCUCUUCAGCCCGAGCAGAGCGCUUCGUCCUUCCUCGGGCAUCACAGGGCCCACGGAGGGACACCUCAUUCCCAUGGCCAUCCCCCUGGGAGCACCGAGGAAAGACGGGCCUGUCCCGCAGCCGUUUGCCGUCACCAUCGCGGGCCCUCCGCGGCCGGUCACCGUGACGACCUCGGUGCCACCCUCCCCGCGCAAGCGGCGUGGCGGCGGCGGCGGCGGCGCCGUGGGCGUGAGGCCCAACGUGGCCGUCGUGGAGAUGAGGUCGGAGAAGAGAGAGCCCCCGGUGCUGUCAGUGCAGGUUUUGCCAAACGUGGACAUUGAGAGCGUGGUCAGCAGCAGCAGUAGCAGCAGUCCGGCUCAGAGGGACACGUUCCCAGGCCCUCCAGCACGGACGCUCCCCACGGCAGAGGGAGCCCCACAGCCUCCAGAUCUGAGCGAGAGGGAGGAUGGCUUUCCUGGGACAAGCUUCAUCAACGUCACAGACCUGCCCCAGGGAAUUGAGGCAGAGGAGGAGUUCUCUGACGGCCCAAUCAUUGAACUGAAUGGCUACGCCGAGUCCGAUUUGGAUUCCACGGGGUCCCCCAGCUUCCCGUACAGGGCCCCGGAUCCUGUGGCCCCGCGGGUGGACGUUGAGUUGAAGCUGCGUCAGCGGGACCCAACACAGGGCCAGCUGCUCAUAUGGGUGGAGCAGGAGCUGAUGGCUCGUGUCGUGUCCGAGCUGCUGCCCCGUCUCCAACGGCAGCAGCAGGAGGAGGCCUCCGAGUCGGAGAGUGAGGAGGGCCGGCCGUAUGGAUCUGACAUCGUGGAGGCAGCGGGCGGUGGGGGCCUGCAGCUGUUUGUGGACGCGGGGCUCCCCGUGGACUCGGAUCUCGUGCGGGCACUGGUGGCCGAAUCGCUGGCCGAGGUCGUCGCCGUCACCCUGGGUCAGCGUCCCGACGCGAGGCCGGCGAGGCCGGCGGCUCGGUCGCCCCCCCGAGCGCGCUCACCGCCCCGCAUGGUGCCCACGCCACUGCCCACCCCCCAGCACACCCCUCCCCGCGUGCCCUCGCCGGACGGGGGCGCGGACGCCCCUCGCGUUCGCACGCCGGUGCCAACGCCGCGCACGUCCCUCUCGGAGGAGGAGGAGGAGUCGGAGGGCAUCCCAACUGGCCCAGAGUUGGCACAAGAGGACUCCUUGCCGGUGGUCAUUGUGGCGAUCGCCACACCGGCGCCCAGCCCGUCCCCUCCGGCCUCUGCGAGGGCCCCCACCCCCGAGCCCCCGCCGACCGCCAACCCCUGGGGAGAUGCAGAGCUGCCCCUGGAAGAGGAAAACCCGAGCCCGCGGCCCAAAGAGUCGCCGCGUCGCCCGCCCGUGGUGAUGUCGGUGCAGCGCGAGGAGGAGCCCACGAGUCUGGUGGGGCCCCCAGUGCCCAGCCCGGUCCCCGUGACGCGGUCGCCAACGCCGCCACCGCCGCCGCCGUCCCCCUCGCUGUCCCCACGCUCGCCGCUGCCACGGGAAAACACCCCCAGCAGCUCGCUCAUCUCCAUCACCGAGACGGAAACCGGCGACAGGAACUUCUCUGACGGCGAGAUCCUGGUCAGCUACAACCGUAUCCUGGCGGCCCAAGCCCUGGCAGAGGAAGGAGUCACUUUGGUGAAUGGUGUGCCCAACCUCUCCAACACCUUACACGACGUGCAGGACAUGGACUUCGAUCCUCCGAGUGAAGGUCAGGUGGUCAGACAGCCACCCUGGGGAGCUCACAGGGACCCCGUGCUCUCCAUGAUGGUCAGCACGAAGCAGAAGCCAGUGGAAGGCUUCCCUAUCCACUACCGGCCAGAGAGCCCGGAUGACGAAGAGGACGAGGGGAGUGUUGGGGAGCUGAGCGAGGGCCAGAGGCCCAGGCUGACGUCCGUUGCGGAGACCGUCAUGACGGGGCACUCGCGCUACGGCGUCGUUGCCGCGCGCCAGGCGGUCGACGCGGGGAGACGCUCGCCCGGCGAACGUGGUUCAGACGGGGUGGGCCCCGAGGACGGCGCCGGCAGCGUGGGGCCCAUGUCGCUGCGGGACCUGGGCUCUCGAUCGAGCGGCACUCGACGGCCGAGGCAACGCAGCCCCGAGCGGCAGCCCCCUGCGCCGCGGCCUCGAGAGCUGCCCAGAAGCAGAGUCAUCCACGUGGGACGGCGAGAGGAGACGGCCACCACCACAUCUGGAGCAGAGGAGUUGGCCUCGGGGGACCUUUGCCGCACCGUGGUGGAGCCUGGCCGCUACCUGCACGGCGCUGCAGGAGACUCCCGGCAAGUUGGCGGGCGGCCGAGCGGUGCCGCGCAGGCGCCCGCGUCUGCGCCGGGGAUACGGCGGCGCGAUGAGGGCGGGGACAGCGGCAGCGAGGACACGCUGCAGGACGUAUCCGAGGGGUCCCUGCGGGGCACGUAGCGCUCCCUCGGGGCGACGUCGGGCCCCCCACGGCGAUCCCCGAGCCUCGCGGGCAGCGCCGCUGUCGAACUACGACCACGUCGCGUUGAGCGUUUGAAAGGCGAUCGAAGUGCACUUGAGGCACACUUGAAGUGCACUUGAAGUGGCAGCCGAUGGUGCUUGUUGUGGGCUUUAGACUAGGGGUCAGGAACAUAUGGCCCGCUGACCAAAUAUGACCCUUGGUCACAUGAGGCCUCCCACUUAUAAAUGGCCCACAAACGAUUUUUUUAUCCAUCGCUUCGAACAUCUUAGCCACAAAAAUCGGGUACUUGAGGGAAAUAUUUCCAACUUGGCAGUGCACACUGUUUCAGAUUUCAGCACGUUCAAUCAACUUCUGUCACUGCAGGGGCAUCAGCGAUAGAAGCGACUGUGGUGUGUGUUCAUGUGUGGCCCCCGCCAAACGGCUUUUAAAGUCCUACUUCAGCCAUGUAAGGAGAAAGUCCUGCACUCCUGGUUUAUAGCAUGAAACACUGCAAUGUUAAAUAGAUUGAGCUCCAAAUAUGUGCAUUGAGAUGCAAGUUAAGGAAGAUGUGUACAGGAAAUAUUCCAUCCAAAAUUAAAUGCAACGUGCUUAGUUGACAUUCAUUCAUGAGGAUUAAAGCAUAUUCGUAUUUUACAAAUCACCCUCAACAAAGGGAUUAAAGUAAUGUUUCGCCACUUGAAGGCAUUUUUUCUACCAAUGGACGUCAUUUUAGACAUUUCUCCAUCUUUCUUGGUUCUUUCGGUAAUGUCACGUAGAAGGGAAACAAAUAAUAAAAAUAUAAAACAAUAAAAUUCUCACGACGUUUCGACUGCAACACAAGCAUUCAUCAUCAGGUGUGAA